AUGAGGAAGGGAGGUGGUGCAGUUGGCAGCAAGGCCAUGCGCAAGAACAGGGGUGGCGGCAAGUCCGGUAGGGUGAUGGGCAAGUACAAGGGCCGAGGGGGUCCGCCAGCUACUCUGGCCACCCUCGACCUCUCGUGCAUACUCGACCCCGUCGUUGUCGAUGGCGGCAAUGGCUCCGAGAAGUCGUGUGGUGGGGAGGUGAAGUGGCGCGAUGAUGAUGAAGAGGAGGAGGAAGUAGGAGAAAAGCCCUUCACGCGCAAGGGAGGGCUCUACCUGAGCGGCGGACGUACGGUGACGCGAGACUCGCACCUGCUGCGCGAGUUCCACAUCACCGCCAUCAUCAAUGCAGCCGACAACGUCCACUACAGCACCGUUGAGGGUCUGCCCGACUGCCGGCGCCACCACCUGCCUCUCCGCGACUUGGAUGCCAACGCCAUGCUGGCCCCACGCGAUGUGCUGCGGGCGUUGGAGUUCAUCGAAGCCGAGCUGGAGAAGGGAUGCGUUCUUGUGCACUGUCGAGGAGGCGUCAACAGGUAG